AUGUUGCGUGAUGGUCGAGUACAAACUACUGAUUUACAUGCCCAUAUGGUGGGCGGGAAGUGCGUGUGUGAGCCGAAAUGGAAGGGACCGAUUUGUAACGAGUUCGAAGGCUGUCCCGAAGGUCACGCACUACAUGGCAAAGUGUGCACUGCGAAUGUUUGCCAACAUGGCGGAACUCUUGCGGUUGGAAGAAAAGAGAUUGAAUGCAUUUGCGAGGUGGGAAAUUUCCGUUAUCUGGAUUUUGUAGAUUGGGAACGCCAGGGGACAGUUAUUUUGCAACGUGCAGGUGGUUCUAUUAGUCAGGGUUGCAAUGUAUGA